AAUAAAAGCGCGCUCAUGUCGGGAGGGAAUAAUGAUCCUCGUCCGCUCUUUGGCGCUGGAAAAUAUAGCAAAAACGAGGGUAGCAAUAACCCAAAUAAUUCCAUGGAUACCGAUGAGGAUGCUACUAGGAAAGAUGCUCCGUCAUCGUCGCAGUCGCCGUGGACUGAGGCUGGGGGCAGUGGGGGCAACACAAUAUCAAAUCCGAAAACAUCUCAUUCUAAAAUCGAUGAUCUCGCAACGGCGAUUUUAAAGCGAAAGGAUCGGCCCAAUCGCCUGAUCGUUGAGGAGGCUCAGAAUGACGACAACUCCGUUGUGUCGCUUUCGCAGUCGAAAAUGGACGAGCUGCAGCUUUUCCGCGGCGACACCGUGAUCCUGAAGGGUAAGCGUCGCAAGGAGACCGUGAGCAUUGUGCUCUCUGACGACACCUGUCCCGACGAGAAGAUCCGCAUGAAUCGCGUGGUGCGAAACAAUCUGUGUGUGCAUCUGUCGGACGUGGUCUCGGUGCAGUCGUGCCCGGAUGUCAAGUACGGAAAGCGUGUCCGCAUCUUGCCCAUUGACGACACCACCGAAGGCGUCACGGGCAAUCUCUUCGAGAUCUAUUUGAAGCCGUACUUCUUGGAGGCCUAUCGGCCCAUCCACAUGGGAGAUAACUUCAUUGUUCGCGCUGCUAUGCGUCCCAUUGAGUUCAAGGUGGUGCUGACCGAUCCCGAGCCGUACUGCAUUGUGGCGCCCGAGACGGUCAUCUUCUGCGAUGGCGACCCGAUCAAGCGUGAGGAGGAGGAGGAGUCCCUCAAUGCGGUUGGCUACGACGACAUUGGCGGUUGCCGCAAGCAGUUGGCCCAGAUUAAGGAGAUGGUGGAGCUGCCUCUGCGCCAUCCGUCGCUCUUCAAGGCUAUCGGUGUGAAGCCGCCGCGUGGCAUCCUCAUGUACGGCCCUCCCGGUACCGGCAAGACUCUGAUUGCCCGCGCCGUAGCCAACGAGACGGGUGCUUUCUUCUUCCUGAUCAACGGACCGGAGAUUAUGUCCAAGCUGGCCGGUGAGUCCGAGUCGAAUCUGCGCAAGGCAUUCGAGGAGGCCGAGAAGAACUCUCCGGCUAUCAUCUUCAUUGACGAGAUCGACGCCAUUGCCCCGAAGCGUGACAAGACCCACGGUGAGGUGGAGCGUCGCAUCGUCUCCCAGUUGCUCACCCUGAUGGACGGCAUGAAGAAGAGCUCUCACCUGAUCGUAAUGGCCGCCACCAACAGGCCCAAUUCCAUUGACCCCGCUCUGCGUCGGUUUGGACGCUUCGAUCGUGAGAUCGACAUUGGUAUUCCCGACGCGACCGGCCGUCUAGAGGUGCUACGUAUCCACACCAAGAACAUGAAACUGCACGAGGAUGUCGAUUUGGAGCAGAUUGCGGCAGAGACCCAUGGUCAUGUGGGUGCCGAUCUGGCUUCGCUGUGCUCGGAGGCUGCUCUUCAGCAAAUCCGCGAGAAGAUGGAUCUCAUUGACCUGGAGGAUGACAAGAUUGAUGCCGAAGUGCUGGCAUCUCUGGCUGUGACUAUGGAGAACUUCCGCUACGCCAUGACCAAGUCCAGUCCAUCGGCUCUGCGCGAGCCCGUGGUGGAGGUGCCCAACACCACCUGGACCGACAUCGGUGGCCUCGAGAGCGUCAAGAAGGAGCUGCAGGAGCUGGUCCAGUACCCAGUCGAGCAUCACGACAAGUUCCUCAGGUUUGGCAUGCAGCCAAGCCGCGGCGUCCUCUUCUACGGCCCACCCGGUUGCGGUAAGACUCUGCUGGCCAAGGCCAUCGCCAACGAGUGCCAGGCAAACUUCAUCUCCGUCAAGGGGCCCGAGCUGCUGACCAUGUGGUUCGGCGAGUCUGAAGCCAACGUGCGCGACAUCUUCGACAAGGCCCGCUCGGCUGCCCCUUGUGUGCUCUUCUUCGACGAGCUCGAUUCGAUUGCCAAGGCCCGUGGCGGUAAUGUGGGCGAUGCUGGCGGCGCUGCCGAUCGUGUGAUUAAUCAGAUCCUCACCGAAAUGGACGGCAUGGGAGCCAAGAAGAACGUCUUUAUCAUUGGCGCCACCAAUCGACCCGAUAUCAUUGAUCCGGCCAUUCUGCGUCCCGGUCGUCUCGAUCAGCUCAUCUAUAUUCCAUUGCCCGACGACAAGUCGCGCGAGGCCAUUCUGAAGACCAACUUGCGCAAGUCGCCGCUGGCCAAGGAGGUCGACCUCACCUACAUUGCCAAGGUGACACAGGGCUUCUCGGGUGCCGAUUUGACCGAGAUCUGCCAGCGGGCCUGUAAGCUGGCCAUUCGACAGGCCAUCGAGGCUGAGAUUCGGCGCGAGAAGGACCGCGCCGAGAACCAGAACGCGGCAAUGGAUUUGGAUCCAGUGCCGGAGAUCACCAGCGCCCACUUUGAGGAGGCCAUGAAGUAUGCUCGCCGCUCUGUGUCCGACAACGACAUCAGGAAAUACGAGAUGUUUGCUCAGACCUUGCAGCAGUCCCGUGGAUUCGGACAGAACUUCAGAUUCCCCGGUCAAACUGGCAACACCUCAGGGUCCGGCACCAAUAUGCCAGUAAAUUCGCCAGGCGACAAUGGCGAUGAUGAUCUUUACAGUUAGAUUUAUAGAUUUUACACUGCUAAACAACAACAAAAAAAAAACACAAAAAGAAAACCCAAUUUUUUAAAUGAAUUCUUCCCCGAAAAACCCCGAUAAAGCAAACAAAUUACAUUCGCGGCAAAAAACAACGUCAUGGAAUUCAGAGAUACAUUCAGUCUACAUACAAAAUCCAAUAGCAGUUCAAAAACAUGACCGAUACCAUCACCGCUUUUAGCCAUGGAUUGUAAUACUAAAUACCAUUCACAUUGAAAUUUUGGGACUAGGCUGGUGCACUUGAACCAACCGAAUCCGAAUCUCUUGUAAUUGGCGAAACAAAUCGCACCACCUCUUACCAUUCGUGCGUUGUCGGUGGAGAGUGUCAGCGAGUGGCUCCGAUAAAUGAGUUUUUAUAAACAUAAUUAUAAAGGAUACACAUCCACACGUACAUUUAAAGAUAAUACAUAUAUUAAACACCGUAAAAUUAUAAGUGUAUUUGGAGCUACGUUUUUAAGUGAAUAAAAAUGAUAAAUUCAAA